GAGCUGCUAGCGGAGCUGGGCCGGGGGCAGGAGCAGCGUUCCUGGGCUCAGAGGCUGUGGAGACUGACUGUCCACAGCCUGGCCUGGGCCAUCUGCACCGGCAGCACCGUGGCCUGCGCCCUGGCUGUCUACUACUUCUCUGAGUACAUGCACAAGGACCUCCAGUACAGAGCCCAGCACAGCAGUAACCCUCUGCUGAAGGAGGCCAGCCUGCUAGCUCUUCCUGUGGUGGUGUCCGUCAUCAACCUGCUGCUCCCUGGCCUCUUCAACGCUGCCGCCUGGAUGGAGGAGUACGACUCGCCCAGCGUGCGCACCUACGUGGCCAUCGGCAGGAACCUGAUGCUGAAGGCCAGUGUGUUGGGAGUGCUGUGUUACCACUGGCUGGGCAGGAUAGCAGCCAACCCGCACAGUGUACGCCUGCAGUGCUGGGAGAGUUUUGUAGGUCAGGAGUUGUACCGCUUCCUCCUGAUGGACUUCAUCUUCACCAUCCUGGACACCUUGUUUGGAGAGUUCCUCUGGAGGUUGUUCUCUGAGAAGGUUCUGAAGAGGAGGAGGAAGCCCGUGUUUGAUAUAGCCCGGAAUGUUCUAGAACUCAUCUAUGGACAAACCCUGGCCUGGUUGGGGGUGCUGUUCACCCCCCUGCUCCCUGCUCUCCAGGUCAUCAAGCUGCUCCUUCUCUUCUACAUGAAGAAGACCAGUCUGAUGCUGAACUGCCAGGCCCCCAGGAAGCCAUACCGGGCCAGUCAGAUGACUACCAUCUUCAUCACGCUGCUCUGCUUCCCGUCCUUCCUGGGCGCGGCCGUGUCCGUCACCUACACCAUGUGGAGUAUCGAGCCGUCGGCGCACUGCGGCCCGUUCCGGGGCCUGGCCACCAUGUUCCAGAGCGGGAAGCGCUGGGUGCUGCAGCUGGAGGCUGGGAACCCCAAACUGUCCUGGCUGGUGUGGGCCUACACCUACCUGGUGGAGAACCCCCUCUUCAUCUUCCUGGCCGCCCUCAUCUUCCUGAUAGUCAUCUACUUCCACACCCAGGUGCUGGACGGACAGAGGAAGAUCAUCAGCCUGCUGCAGGAGCAGAUAGAGAACGAAGGAGAGGAUAAGAAGUUCCUGAUCACUCGUCUUCAGACCGUCCACGAACAGAAACGCCCCCACUCUGCUCAGAAACUCACCAGUCAGGACUCCAACUGUUAGGCCCCUACACCGACGACCCGGAGGCUGGAAGGAGACUGUUCUGACCUGGAGGCUGGAAGGAGACUGUUCUGACCUAGAGGCUGGAAGGAGACUGUUCUGACCCGGCGGGCCAGACUGUUCUGACCCGGCGGGCCAGACUGUUCUGACCCGGCGGGCCAGACUGUUCUGACCCGGCCGGCCAGACUACGUACUCUGAAUAGGAAACCCUUGGACAUGUAGAGCCGUGCAUGAGAGGCAUGCCUGUGUCUGGAGGAGUCGUAGUGUAAACAGGAAGUGCAAAGAUGUAUCUGUUAGCAGACAGUUUUGUCUCUGGACACGUGGGAGUUUAACUGGAACCCAGAAACUGCUGCCUUUUUAGUAAAAAAGAAAAAGAAAAAAGGAAUCUUUAUUUUUUUGCUCUGUGGGAAUCCAGAGGAAAUAGAUAAUGCCUUCCCCCUCAAACUGUACAAACUAGUUUUUCUGGCAUCUUUCUUGAUUAAUACUAGCACUUUUAUACUGUGAACAAAUAGAGAGUCUGUUUUUUUAAUGCAGAGAAAAUGUUUUUUAAUGUUUUAUUGUUUAGACAGUGGUGAUUUCAUCAGGGUGUUCAGCUCAUCUCUACUGUUGCCAUGAUGCUAACGUACCUUUUUAAUAUAGAAGAAUCUGAUUGGUUAGUGUAUACUGGAAAUGAUCUCAUAACUGACCACUGGAACGGGAAGCUAUUUAAAUAGUCUCCAGGUUUUUUGUUUUCAUAUUUAACGCUUAUUUUUUUAUGUGGUGUCUGUGUGUUUCCGCGCACAGUGCUUUUUAAUAAAAUAUGUUUGAUUCAUC